CAAAAACAAAAAACAAAAACAAAAAAAAAAAACAAAAAGUGUGAAAACUUCCAAUCAUGCCCGGACGACAAAGACUCUCUUAGUUUCUUCUAUAUCUAAGUAACACAUUACCCGCAUAUCGCCAUUCGCCGGCCACCAUAUCCUGAAAUUCGAAUCCCUAUCCACCGUACAAAUGGACUAUUCAGUUUCCAACUACGAAACUCUCCUUCCUCUCCUCCUUAUACCGCUACUACUUCUCCUUUCAAUCAAACACAUCCAUGCAAACAAGAAGAAAGAACUUCCUCUGCCUCCAGGCCCAAAGCCAUGGCCGAUUCUCGGAAACAUCCCACACAUGACCAGAAAGGUUCACCUCACCAUGUCCCAAUUCGCCAAAUCCCACGGUCCCUUAAUUUCAGUCAAACUCGGCGCUCAGCUAAUCGUCGUCGCCUCUUCUCCGGCAGCCGCCGCCGAAAUCCUCAAGACCCGCGACCGUGUCUUCUCGGCAAGAUACAUAAGCAAAUCCAGUCCGUUCGAAGUCAGCGAUUUUGAUAGAAAGGCAAUCGUGUGGGCUUCCACGUGUAACGACAGCUGGAAGUCCCUCCGCGGGCUCUGCAGAACGGAGCUGUUCUCUGGCAGAGCAAUCGAGUCGCAGGCCGCCGUCCGGGAGAGGAAAGUCGGUGAAAUGGUUGAAUUCCUUGCCGGUAGAGAAGGGAAAGUGGUUGAUGUCGGGGAAAUCGUGUUCGCCACAGUUUUCAAUUCGCUGUGUAACCUUUUCUUCUCCGAGGACUUGUUGAGGCUGGAUGAUAGUAAGGGGAAGAAGGCUAGUGGGUUGAAGAGCCAUAUCUGGAAAAUGAUGGAACUUGCAACCACUCCAAAUAUUGCUGAUUUUUACCCUGUUUUGGAACCGCUUGACCCUCAGGGACUGAAGAAGAAGACGGUCAAGGUUGUCACGCAGAUGUUUUCCGUUUGGGAGAGUUACAUCAGGGAGAGAAGGGAAAUUCAUGAAUCGAAAUUCCACGGAGGAGAACCGAGAGGGGAUUUCCUGGACGUUUUUCUUUCGAAUGGCUUCGACGAUGACAAAAUCAAUUGGUUGUUCUUUGAAUUGCUGACGGCGGGAACCGAGCCGACUAGUACGACGGUGGAAUGGGCAAUGGCGGAGCUUUUGAAGAACGGGGAAGCAAUGUCUAAAGUCCGCGGAGAGCUGAAUUUAGAAAUUGGGGAAAACACCAUUACCGAAUCAAAUGCCUCUCAACUGACAUUUCUGAACGCAUGCAUAAAGGAGACAUUCAGGUUACACCCACCGGUACCGUUCCUUAUUCCACGCCGGGCUCCCGAAGCUUGCCAAGUGAUGAACUACCUAAUACCCAAGGAUUGCCAGGUCGUUGUCAACGUGUGGGCAAUUGGGCGGGAUCCGUCGGUUUGGGAGGAUCCCUUGUCGUUUAGACCAGAGAGGUUCGUUGACAACAGGUCAGCAGUUGCGGACUUCAAAGGUCGUGACUUUGAGCUUCUGCCGUUCGGAUCGGGUCGCAGGAUCUGCCCCGGACUUCCCAUGGCGGCUAAACAGUUGCCAUUGAUUCUAGCUUCAUUGAUUAAAGGGUUUGAUUGGACUCUUCCCGGUUGCGACGAUCCGGCCAAAUUAGAUAUGUCCGAGAAGUUUGGUCUUACGCUGCAGAAGGAGCAACCUUUGCUACUUGUGGCUAGGAAACAGAGCACGUAGCAAGUUGUUAUUAAUUUCUUGCCAGAAAAUGGGCCGCUUGUUAUUAAUAAGGCGGGCAAAGGUCUUAGCUGCUGCCUGUGGAUAACAACAGUUUGGAAUAAAUACACAAACAUCCAUCUUCCCAAGUCGCCUUACCUAAAUUGCUAUGUGGUAUCUCACCAAAAAAUUUUUUUUGCUAUGUGGUGGAUGCAAAACACUUGUACGGUGAUUGGUGCGAUAUGAAUGUAAUUGGUUCAUUUUUUCAUAAAAUUGAUGAACAAAAUAUAUCUGCAUAGUAAUAAGUAUACACUUUGUGAAGUAAACAGCAAUUGUUAAAAUUAUACACACACCAGGUAGGUUUGUGCCGCGCUUCGUUGCGGCUUGAGUGUUGUUCUUUGAUCGUUAUUUGCUAACCCGUGCAUCAAUGUUAAGU